UACAGGAAGAGAGAGAGAGAGAGAGAGAGAGAGAGAGAGACAGCUGAAACACACACGAUUACCCUAUGUCUUUACCUUCCCCAAGAAGGUCCCAGGAACGGCAGCACUCAGGGGUGGAAGGCAGGAAGCUUAGGUCGAUUGAGCAGCUCCCAGGAAGGUUCAGUAAAUGUCCAUUGACCCAGUCGUGGUUGGGAAUAAAUCUCCCACUAUGAGCGAAGAAGAAUUCAAAGUUGCUGUCCAAGGAGGAAACCUUAAAGAAGCAGCUUCGAUAGCACAGCGGAUGAUGAAGUCACCCGGAUUAUUCGAAAUUGCCGUUGUUGGAGAGUCGGGCUCUGGAAAGUCAUCGUUUAUCAAUGCCUUCCUGGGCUUAGCUGAUGAUGAUAUAGGCGCCACUGAGGUCGGGAUGGUGGAAACAACAGAGUUGUCAACCCUAUAUUCACAUCCUGAAUACCCUAACGUUUUCUUAUGGGAUCUUCCAGGAAUUGGAACACAACAUUUUCAGUCAGUUGAACACAAGAUGACUGAUACAUACGUCUCAGGAUAUGAUUUUUUCCUUAUUGUCACUGCUACACGCUUCAGAGAUAUCCAUGCCAACCUGGCACGGAAGAUCCAGGAGAACGCGAAGAAGUUUUAUUUUGUGCGCUCCAAAGUGGACCAAGACUUGGGGGCUGAAAAGAGAAAAAUAAACUUUAGUGAGGCGAGAACCCUGCAGCAGAUCAGAGAAAACUGUCAAGCCCAUCUACAAAGAGCAGGAGUGAAUGACCCUCAGGUUUUUCUCCUCUCCAGCUGGGAAUCUGACAAGCAUGAUUUUCCCCUCCUGAAGGAAACUCUGGAUAAAGAACUCCGCCAUGCUAUGUUGCAAAACCUGCUGGAUACCUCAUGCAGGACCCUGCAAGAGAAGAAAACAGACAUGCAGAAGACCACACAGAAAUCAGCUACCUUGUCGGGCGGUCCUCGUGCUAUUCUUCUUCCGGGUCUCUCUCUUGUUGCUGACACAGCUGCCUUGGUGGAUUGCAUGAGAAAUUACUGCAAAAAGUUUGGCCUGAAUUCUGACUCCCUCUCUGCACUCGCUGAGCAGGUUGGGAAGCGGGAGGAAGAUCUGAAGGCCGUGAUAAAGUCUCCACUGGCCACAGAAAUAACAACUGACCUUGUACUGAAGCUGCUGGAGAAGUGUGCAGGUGAGGGAGUGACGUAUCUGACUUACUUUGCCUGGAGUAUGCCAGUGGUCGGGUCACUGUUUUCUGCACAGGUUUCUUUUGGCACAACAGUGUUUAUGCUGGAUAACUUUAUAAGCGACCUUGCUGAAGAUACCCAAAGAGUCCUGGCAAAGGCUUUGGAGGGAGAAGAGAAAAAGUCAAAACAACAUCACCAAGAAAUCAAUUUGCCUGUAAUGCAUGAAAAAAAAACAACCAAUCCAAUCUCAGCUGGAGGCAGGUGUGACACUGGCAGACCAGAUGCCAGCUCAUGCCAAGACUCUAGGCCUCAGCCCUGACAAAUUCGUAGCUGGAAACCAGUCUGUGUGUGAGGAUUGUUAAUAUAGCUGUUAAGCAUACAAAAAUGUGUUCAGACGUUAGGAAAUACUUCUGAGUUGCUGCCUGCGUGAAUCUCACUUUUAAUGUCUGCAUCCCCUG